AUGGCACUUUCAUUCAACGCUCGUUCAUUAUUUAGAAGACUAGUGUUGUCUGACUUUAGGACCAAUAUUCGGUUUUAUUCAGACCAAACAGAGGAGACUACUGAAGAGCAGAAAGAAAUUGAUCCAGCUAAGGAUAGAACAAAAAUAAUACCUGUUGAAACUAGCAUUAAAUACAUGCAGAGUAAGGCUUAUCAGGAAGCUUAUGGAGACAAAGCAAUUUGGGUAUUGUAUCGACGUAACCACAUAGGUGGUUUUGCUCCACGUAAAACCAGAAAAACUUGUGUCAGAAACGGAAUAAUAUCUACCGGUAAUCCUUGCCCUAUUUGCCGAGAUGAAUAUUUAGUUUUGGAUCACAGGAACACAAAACUUCUGGAACAAUUUAUAUCUGAACACACUGGACAGAUAUUGGAUGCAUUUAAAACGGGUCUUUGUCAGAAGAAACACAAGGAGUUAUUGGUUGCUAUAGAGAGGGCCUGGGACCAGGGCUAUCUCACAUAUGAUGUCCCAUUCAGGGAGUAUGAUUACUCUUUAUAUAAUAAAACUGCAAAUACUGUUUAA